UCGCAGCAGCGAGCUGCGAGCGCCCUGCUCCCGGUCCCGGCUUGAACUGAACUGUGCAAGUGGCGGGUCCCGGAACCCCGGGCCAGGAGCGGCGAGCCCGGGUCUGAGCCCGGGCCCAGCGGCCAGCCGCCGAGGCCCUGGUUCGGGACCGAGCCCGCGCGCGGAGCCGGAGAGCCGGGCGGGCGGGCCGGCGCAACGUCCCGGCGAGUCCGGGAGCAGGACCGCGGAAGGCAGGGAGACGGCCGCGAGCAGAGGGCAGAGGGCAGAGUGCAGAGAGAGGCCUGGCUCGGCGGAGGGCGCCGCCCGGCCGGAACCGAGCUCUCCGCCCGGGACGGCGGCCGGCGGUGCGGCGCGGACCCAGGGUGGCCACGAGCCCCGAGCGACUCCCCGGCCCACGGCGGGGGGCGUGCCUCCUCCCAGCCUGGCCGCCCCAGCCCCGCACGCCGGUCAGCUGCAUCGCCGGGGCAUGUGAGCGGGAAGCCCGGGCUGCCAGCCGCGAGGACCCGGUCGGAGGAGGAGCAGGAGCAGCAGCGCGGAGCCCCGAGCCCGGCGCCUGGCCGAGUAGCACUUGUGAGCUAGGGAUUAUUAUACCCAUUAUAUGGAUGAGGAGACCAGCUCAGAGCUCAUGAACCUACCUGAGGUCACACGAGUCAGCUGGUGGUGCAGCAGGAAUUUGAACUCAGGUCGGAGAACCCAAAAGCCUGAUGUCCAUGAGGAGCCCUGGCUCUGCCCAGCUGGCCCUGGAUGGCGUUGGCACCAUGGUGAACUGCACCGUCAAGUCUGAAGGGAAGAAGGAGCCCUGCCAUGAGGCCAUCCAGGCCUCCGCCGCUACAGCGGAACCCCAGCCCGGAGACCCAGCCCGGGCUUCCCAGGAUGGUGCUGACCCCCAAGCUCCAGCCCAGGACUGCAGCCCCCCGGACAGCAAUGGGUGUCCAGAACCCAAGAGACCGGGAGGUUCUGAGGCUGCCUCAGGAAGCCACGAGAAACUGGACUUCAACCAAAAUUUAAAAGAAGUCGUGCCGGCCAUCGAGAAGCUGCUGUCCAGUGACUGGAAGGAGAGGUUCCUGGGAAGGAGCUCUGUGGAAACCAAAGACGUGAAAGGGACCCAGGAGAGCCUGGCAGAGAAAGAGCUCCAGCUCCUGGUCAUGAUCCACCAGCUGUCUACCCUGAGAGACCAGCUCCUGACGGCCCACUCGGAGCAGAAGAACAUGGCUGCCAUGCUGUUUGAGAAGCAACAGCAGCAGAUGGAGCUGGCCCGGCAGCAGCAGGAGCAGAUUGCCAAACAGCAGCAGCAGCUGAUUCAGCAGCAACAUAAGAUCAACCUCCUCCAGCAGCAGAUCCAGCAGGUCAACAUGCCUUACGUCAUGAUCCCAGCCUUCCCUCCAAGUCACCAGCCUCUGCCUGUCACCCCCGAUUCCCAGCUGGCCUUGCCCAUUCAGCCCAUCCCCUGCAAACCAGUGGAGUACCCCCUGCAGCUGCUGCACAGCCCCCCGGCCCCGGUGGUGAAGAGGCCUGGGGCCAUGGCCGCCCACCACCCCCUGCAGGAGUCCUCCCAGCCCCUGAACCUCACAGCCAAGCCCAAGGCCCCCGAGCUGCCCAAUGCCUCCAGCUCCCCCAGCCUGAAGAUGAACUGUGGACCCCGCCCCCCCAGCCACGGGGCCCCCACUCGGGACCUGCAGUCCAGCCCGCCUAGUCUGCCAUUGGGCUUCCUUGGUGAAGGGGACGCGGUCACCAAAGCCAUUCAGGAUGCUCGACAGCUGCUGCAUGGCCACAGUGGGGCCUUAGAGGGCUCCCCCAACACCCCCUUCCGCAAGGACCUCAUCAGCCUGGACACAUCCCCGGCUAAGGAGCGGCUGGAGGAGAGUUGUGUGCACCCCCUGGAAGAAGCCAUGUUGGGCUGUGACAUGGAUGGCUCCCGCCACUUUCCAGAGUCCCGGAACAGCAGCCACAUCAAGAGGCCUAUGAAUGCCUUCAUGGUGUGGGCCAAAGAUGAGCGAAGGAAGAUCCUCCAAGCCUUCCCAGACAUGCACAACUCCAGCAUCAGCAAGAUCCUUGGCUCUCGCUGGAAGUCCAUGAGCAACCAGGAGAAGCAGCCCUACUACGAGGAGCAGGCAAGGCUGAGCCGGCAGCACCUGGAAAAGUACCCGGACUACAAGUACAAGCCACGGCCCAAGCGCACCUGCAUCGUGGAGGGCAAGCGGCUGCGGGUGGGCGAGUACAAAGCCCUGAUGAGGACCAGGCGCCAGGACGCCCGCCAGAGCUACGUGACCCCCCCCCAGGCUGGCCAGCUGCCGAUGAGCUCCUCGGAGGUCCUGUACCCUCGAGUGGCAGGCGUGCCCCUGGCUCAACCCCUGGUGGAGCACUAUGUGCCCCGGAGCCUGGACCCCAACAUGCCUGUCAUCGUCAACACCUGCAGCCUCAGGGAGGAGGGCGAGGCUGCAGAAGACAGGCAUUCGGUGGCUGAUGGCGAGAUGUACCGGUACAGCGAAGACGAAGACUCGGAGGGCGAGGAGAAGAGCGAUGGGGAGCUGGUGGUGCUCACGGACUGAUCCCAGCUGGGAGGGCCCGGCCCCAAGCCGAUGGGCACAGCCAGCCGGCCUGGACUACGUUGGUACUUGGACUUGCCCAGGAGAGGGGCACAGCUGUGCACUUGUAGAUAUCCUCCUGAGGGGAGAUGCCCCAUCACCUCCCCUGGGGCCGCACCUGAUGCACUGUGGGCUGAGGUGGGCGGGGCCUGUAGAGCAGCGAUGUGCUGAGUGCACCUUGGCCCUUGGGGCUCGUGGCCAGCGGACACUGUAUGACCCUUCCUGCAGGUCUACUCACCCCAGGGGCCUGGCA